AUGUUUGAUCAUCUAAUGAACAGAAGGGUUAGGUUCGCUGAUGUAAGACACCAGCAUGUACUUCCCACAAAGGCUGUGCAUACUGAUGCUCAAACUAUUAUAGCAUCUCAAUCUAUGCCUUCAAAAUCUAAUCUAAGGCAUGUUACUCCUAAAAGAGGAAGACUGCCUUCUCAAAACAGGCCUAUAACUCCUCAGCGGGGACACCUUCCUCAUCAGCAGGUAAGGCCUAUAACUCCUCAGCGAGGACAUUUGCCACAUCAGCAAAUGAGACAUAUUACUCCACAAAGAGGACAAGUGCCCUCUCAGCACAGUCAAUCCUCAGUGUCCAACAAGGAGUACUUACCCCAUAGACAAAUGAGCCCAAGAGAUGCUCCAGCGGUUGUAGUUCAACUAGACAUCUCUGCAGCUAUUGAAACAUCUUCAUCCUCUACACGGAUCAGUGAGAACCUCUCUACUGAGCCUGCUAUCAGUGACACCUCCUCUGUCACAAAUGCAAGCAUUUCUGAAUACAUUGCAGCUCAGCGCAUUGAAAUUCCCCAUUCUGAGAGGGUUAUUUCUAGCGCUUGGGGACAACCUCCAAUGCUGGUUGAGUAUAGCGCUCCUGAUGUAGUGAGCAGCUGUGCAUAUCUUCGUAGAUAUGAAGCCACCAUAAUGCCCUCCAAUGAAGAUAACACUACUGUCUCUGUAGGAAAUCACACUACUCUUGAGGAGGCUUUCUCUGAAGACCAAAUAUCCUCCCCUGAAGUACCUUCAGUUAAUCCUGCUGACAUAGCAUCGGAUGAACAAAGUGAACCCUAA